AUGCUGCAGAAUCCUUCGAAAUAUCAUCCAAAUCCGUUUUCUCACUUGUUGGCCUUGCAUAGCACUCAGGCUGUGGUGAAUAGCAGCAAUAUCGUCACUCAUCAAACGCAUUUGGCUGCCUUGCCGCCGGUUUUCGCAGCACAAAAUCAGCUGCAACUGCAACAUCAGCAGCAACAGCAACAGCAGCAACAACAACAACACCAGCAACACUACCAUAAUCAUCAUCCAACAACAACAAUUCCGACUAUCAGUCAACAGCACAGCAAUGCAUUUCUGCUGCAAAACCAUCCACCACGCCAGCAACAACACAACACCCACGCGCAUACGCGCACCGGCGAGCUGCUGGAUGCGACCAGUACCUCCCUCGACAUGGGCAAGUCUUUCACGAUUGCCGCCAUUUUGGGCUUGCAGAAGAGCGCAAUGGAGAAUAGCCGCAAGGAUUACAACAACGCAAUCAAUUUAUCGCUAAAUAGUAGUGAUGAAGAUGGCGGCAAGGAUGCCAGCUUGGGGCGAUCAGCGCAUAGUAGUCAACAAGCGUUUAGUGAUGAGGAAGUGGAAAUUAGCGAUCAACAAUCACACAAUUUACGUAUGCCAAGUGCCGGUGGGGGAGGCGGCGGCGGCGACAGUGGCAUAAAGUCGCUGAAGUGCGUGCGAAAUGCCAAUAAUUUGUAUCAACAAAAUGGCAACCCCUUCGAUUGUAAUGGCAAUGCCAGCGCCGCUUUGAUACAUCGUUACUUACCAAUACCAGUGUCGUCGUCUAAGCCAACGACGGCGGCUACAUCAUCGUUUGUUGCAGCAGCUGCCGCAGUAACGCAACAUCAUCAUCAACAACAACAGCAACAACAACAAAAUCUAUUGCUGUCCCAUGUGCGUUCUGUGGCCUCAGCAGCGGUGGCUGCAUCGGGAUCAUCAUCGGCGUUGCAGAGCUUGCAGCAGUUGCAUCGACAUCAUGCGGCGCAGCAAAGCUCCUUGAAUUUGCAACGCGAGAAGCAUAAGUCGGCAGCGGUGGCUGCAUCGGGAUCAUCAUCGGCGUUGCAGAGCUUGCAGCAGUUGCAUCAACAUCAUGCGGCGCAGCAAAGCUCCUUGAAUUUGCAACGCGAGAAGCAUAAGUCGGAGAGCAACUCGAAAAAAUCAUCGCUGAAAAAUAAACGCGUACGCACCAUCUUCACGCCCGAGCAGCUGGAACGAUUAGAGGCCGAAUUUGAACGACAGCAAUAUAUGGUGGGACCGGAGCGAUUAUACUUAGCGCACACGUUGCAAUUAACCGAAGCACAAGUGAAGGUGUGGUUCCAAAAUAGACGCAUUAAAUGGCGCAAACAUCAUCUAGAAAUCACACAACAACGCCUUGCACUGCUACGCCAAAGCCAGCUACCAGGCGCUGUUGAGCCGACGAGUGCUGGCGGCGUUGUAGCGGGCAAUUCCAUAGCAGUUAGCAAUAGCAUGCCAACUAUCAAUAAAACAAAUACAAGCAACGAUGCUCGAACAUCUUCGCCAAUCAGUUGUGGUGCGGAGGAUGUUGAUGAGCUCAGCAAGCAGGGAGAAGAAUUCCAUUCACUCAGUCGUGGCAGUCAUUCAAGCUCAGAAUCUGAUCUUUCGAUAUGUAAUGACUCGAUUGAUGCUGGCAGUGCGGUGGAGGGCAUUGAGGAUACAUAA